AUGGUACGGGAGCUUACCGAACCUGGGGCAAUCGAUAUCCGGGAUAGCGAAUCCACAGUGUCAGCUCGCGACUACCUCAUCCGUACGAGGCAGGCUCCUGACAUCGAGGUCGAGGAGGUGGAGGAGGGAUGGACUACUCCAGUCCGCGAGUCAGGUGGGGAAGAAGAGGAAGCGGAAGGGAGCGGGACGGACUCGGUUGACGACUCCCAACUGAACGAGCCUUUCUCAUGCGAAGACUCAGUCUCGAGAGUCGUCAAAUCUGACUUCACCACUUUUGUGAGGUUAAAUCUGUUGCGGCUUGCGUUUCAAAGUCCCAAACCCUCUCAGAGAGCGCAUCUUCCGUUCACCAACCCUGCGAUCAUCCCCACGGAGGACGUGGUCAUCUCAAUACCCAUUCUUCGAUGUGGUGUAACCGUCCCAUUUCAUCCUUUCGUCGCAGCCAUUCUUAGACGCUAUGACGUAUCGCCUUUUCAGCUAACACCCAACAGUUAUCGCACUGUUCUAGCCUUCUAUGCGAUGUACAUGGAGUACGCCCAUAGAGCUCCGUCAGUAGAGGAAUUUAGUUAUUUUUAUGACAUAAAGAGCGUGGGCCUUCAUAACGGCUUCUUUUGCUUUAGUAAAUGGGCGACUUCUGAAAUCAACGGGGUUGAGGGGAUGGUUUCGAAUAUGGGUGAUUGGAAGUCAAAAUGGUUCUAUGUUUUUAAGGUUCCUGGGAUCAGAACCGACUUUAAUCGCAGACCCAAUAGACCAGCUCGACCAACGCUUAACGCUCAUAAAAAGGGGGUAGCUGAAAUUCUCGGGAGUCUUCCGGUACAAGAUCGCGACUGGCGAUUGCUGUGUACGACUGCCAAAUUGCGAGAACACAAACUGAUCCCUGAGAACGCGAGUCUUCAACGGGAGCCAGUAUAUAAAGAACCAUCUGAGAGACAGCAGGAGCGGAUAGAUAAACGGCUUUCCAAACAAACUCCUCGAGAAACUUCAGACAUGACUUUCCUGAAGUCUGCCCCUGUCCUGAAGAUCAAGCAAAAGGGUGGGACACCGGCAUCUUCACCAGUCGUCGCACAGAAGAGGAAGAGCGAUGUGAUGACUUCGCUCGCUGCAGAUUCCUCCAAGAAGUUGGCCAAGACCGCUCAGGAUAAGGGGAAGAAGGUUGUCAUUGAUUCUCCGGUUCGUCCUCGCGACUUCCUGGCUAUGCAGGAAAAAUUACUGGCCGAGAUUCCUUAUGAGGAACUUGUUUCUCGAUCAACUGAACUGGCCGCACAAUCUGUGGCUUUGUUUAUGAAAGCCGUGGCCACGCCUUCGAAGGAAAUUGACUCGCUGAAGAGGCAGAAUGCCCAUUUUCAGGAAAACAUAAAGAGGCUGAAGCAGGAGGUGGCCAAGAUGGAGGAACUUCACAAGGAGCUCGAGGAAGCCAACAGGGCCAAAGAACAGUUGGAGCUCGAGCUCAAGAAGUCGCAGGACACGAUCGCUGAGAUGGCUCGCGACUUAGAGGCUGAGAGAGAGAGUGGGAAAAAACAGUAUGAUCAGGCUGUGUCUGAUUACAUUUAUACUACUCUCUCUAAGGUCCCUGACUUCGACUUCUCGCUGCUUGGAGAUGAAGCUGCUGAAAUGGCUGAAGCCUUUCGCUCGAUGUCUCCUACCCGGACUCAAGGCAACCUUCCAGAUGAAAUCGAGGGAGCGCAGGCUGAGGAGGUCGAGAAUGAAGUUGUGAGCAAGAUCGUGGAUGAGGCUGCUCCUGAUGAGACUACUCCCGCUGCUUGAUUAUUUUCUAUCUUAGUUUCACUUUUGUUUUGCUGCUUUACUUAUUUUUUUUUUAUAUAUGCGGUACGCGGGUACUCGCACUUUUGUACUUAAAGAAUUUCCUCUUACUUUUUGGACAAAUUUCUAUCCUCGCGGGGAUAGUAUGCAUUUUAAUAUUUACGCAGUACAUGGGUACUUGCGAUUUUAUUUUCAA